AUGGGCCAGCCUGAUGGUGGCAGCAUCUGUUGUCAGGGUGGAUUUGGUCAGUUCUAUUCAAAGGUUGUGGCUGGUUUGGCCAAGGCUUUGGGUGGAGAGCACAGGACCUGCCCUCUGGGUGCACAUGUUGCCCGGCUUCGUAAUGUCUUGGGUGAUUGCAGACGUUCGCAGGGGAAAGGUUUGAAACAUUCUCCGGGACAUGUUUUUCUUUUGCCGCCUCUCAGCGUUGGUGGCGACUCUAACCUGGUGAUCGCCAUCUUGAAUUAUUAUUUGCACGGGGAGCAUGAAGUUGUAGGUCAUCGGCCUAUUCUUUCUGCUGCCCAUCGUCGGGUACAUGCUCGGUUGCUUCGUACCUUGGAGGCCAUGGUGUUGACUGAUGAGCCUGUUAUGUCGAAUGAAGGGCUUGACAUGUAUUUAAAGCAGUCUGAGCAUUAUUCCGGUGGCGGGGUAGUGUUGGCUCUGGGUGCGGAGGGGGUGGAGCUUCAUUUGCGGGACACUUUUCCGGAGAUGGCACAGCAGGUCAUUCAACCGAGCAUGCUGAUGAUGCCAUCCAAGAGGAGGCCUAGACGUGUCAAAAGGGGUUACACGCGGUUGGCUCCGUUCUACCCAGAGCUGGUUAAGCGCAAUGUGAAGGCCGGGCUACACUGCUGGAAGAAGCCAUCGCAGGUGGCUAAGCACAGGGGUGUACCUUGUCUGGCCGGUGCAUUUGCAGUGCGAAAAGAUGCCAAUGAAGAUCGGGUGAUUACCGACCCCAGUGUGAACCAGCUGAUUGACCAGGAAAAGCUCCCUCGUCCUCGAUUUGCCUACAUCCCGAAGCUGCGGGCCGUUACAGUUCCAGCCUCAGGGAUCGUGAUGGUGUCAAAGAGAGAUGCCCGUCAUUAUUCCAUCGGCUAA